AUGAGGAUCCGUAAGAACGCGAAGCUUUCCCCUCUUCUGUUCUCGUCGUGGAGUGAAGAUGGUGGUUCCCUUCCGGUGGAGACGCACGUGUGCCAGCUCAACCAGUCUCCAUGGGAUGUCAUCCCCUUUCAAUAUGACUCCAUCCAGUUCGACCACAACACCGCGCCCAACGCCAAUGGCGAUUCCUUCCACGCCGUCCAAAGCGUCGCGUCGAUGAUGGAGAAAACGGAACGCGCGACGGUGGUUGACGAUAAUAAUAAGUUGGUGGCGCCUAGCGGCGCCACUGUGUUGAACCCUUGUCAAGGAACUGGUGACAAGGGUUGGGCAUGUAAGAAUGAAGCCAAACAAGGGCAAUCAUUCUGCGAACAGCAUUUGUCUUUGUCUCAACUGGCCACCUCGUACACCAGCAAGAAAUCGCAAGCUCAACCGAGCGGAGGCGGGACUCGCCGCACGAAGACUCGGGGCGCGGGUAAGAAAGCGGGGAUGGGGGCGGGGACGAGUUCGAACCCAUAUGAAUUCUACUACUAUUCUGGAUUCGGACCAUCGUGGGGGAAACGAAGAGGUGAUAGAAACGGAGAAGGGAGCAAGAAUAAUAUUGUUGGGGCUGAGAAUUCGACGUUGGUGGAGGCGGGUGGUGGUGAUGAUAAUGUGGGGAGUGGUGAGGUUGGUGGUUCGGUGUCGGAGAUGGAGAAUGAGGUUGGUGGUUAUGUGGAUGAUGAUGAUGACGAAGAAGAAGAGGAGGUGGUGGAGGACGAUGGCGGGAAGAAGAGAAUGAGGAAGCCCGUGAAAGCAAGGUCGCUGAAAUCUCUCAUGGGACAAGAGGGUUCUGAAAUUGAUCAACCCAAGAGAUGGAUGUGUUUUGCAGAGACAGCGGUGAGAGCAGAAGCAGAACGAAACGACGUUGUUUUACAAGGAAUUGUCAUAAAGUAA